CUGGCUUACUGGCUUCUGUUGUCCUCGAGCAUCGAUGGCAUCUUCAAUGGUUGUGAAAUUACUCCACUACCACCGGCUCAGUCUCAGCGCCAGGAGCUCUUAAGCCUCACGACGAGAGUGAGGCCAUGCCCCUAACCUACCUUUUCAUCCUACCUGCCAGCCGUUCGGUGGUCGAGCUACCUUCCUCUCACCUCUUUUUACUAUUCAACAACCCCCAUAGCUGACUGCUUGCAGAUCACACUCGUUACUUGGUGCCGGCACCAAGACAAACUGCUCGACGAACUGUUGACCUACAGUCUCUCCUUUUCACGACUUGACCGCCUCGUAACGACGCACCUUUGGCAUGUCUCCUUUCAAGAUGAUAUCGAGCGUCAAAGAGACGGCUUGGAAGUAUCUCCUGUUCAAUGGAGCGCGCUUCUUCAGUAUCCUUACACUCCUGUUGGUGUUCAGCUCCAAUAUUCUUGUCAUGUAUCAGGAUAUACAAGCUAUCAGGGAUGCGAACUCUGGGGCCGUUACUUCUGGUAUCGCCUCCUCGAAUUCGACUCUUUUUUCGAACACGACAAUGUCCAUGGCGACCGAUGAAUUUGUUGAAUGCGAUUAUCUCGAAUACUCGACCGUUCCUAAUCAGCCUGCCGGUGCUUUCUGGGCUAUUCUCAACCGCCUCUUUAUCCUGUUCCAGUGUCUUAUCCUCCUUUGGUCUGAACUGGGGUUCUACGAGCACAUCUUGAAGGAGUACAUGCCUAUACUCGGCCCAGAUUUUGGCGUAUGGACCCUUGGAGCGAUGCAGUGCAUGAUUAGCGCCGUUGUGCUUUCUCAUCAUGUCGACGAAUUUCCCCUGGUCUCUGCCUUUUUCCUCUUCGCUGUUGGAUGCCUUAACAUUAUCAUCGGGCUGGGCUACCGAGCUAAGAUGAAGGAAGAUCGCAUCUUGUUCAACUUCCUCGGUAAAACGAAGUCGAACAUCAAGUCCGGAUUGCCUUUGAUGGGCAGCGAUGACGAUGAUGACAAACCUGCCCGGCCUGCAUUCCUGAGGCUCUCCGGCAUCAAGGGCAAGAUCUCCAAUCCUAUUCGCAACACCCAGAGCGAUGCGGAACUAGGAAGCUAUGGGUAUAGCGAGAGGAUGCAGAGUUGGGGUUUCGGGCGACAAGGCCAGAAGGCUGCUGAGUACCAAGGUGCUAUGGUAUCCGAGCCGGUGGCAAGUCUGCCGAAGUAUGCAGGAUCGCCUCCUGGCUCCCCUAAAGUUCAGAAAGCCGCCAUUGAAGCAGUGUGGCAAUACAAAGGAGAUAGCAAGUUCUGAUGAUCACCACGAGAAGGGCUUCUAAAUGGACCCUAGGAAUACCCUCACAUCUCAUAUGUCUACCAUUGUAUCGUAACCCAUU